AUGGCUGCAUCGUUUCCUACGCGUCUCUUACGUCGUCAGAAACAAGAACACGAGACCCGACUGAUUGUCAAUUUACUUCAUGAAGACGAUGAUCAAUUUAAACGUUCUCAUGUAGAAAAUGCCCCUCAAGAUUCUAAAUCAGUAGGAUCAUCGAUUACGACGAAUAAUGUUCAGUCUCAAUCACAAGGUGCAUAUCAAUAUGACUAUCAAGCGCCAUUCACAGCACCUUCACUCAAACCUAAUUCCAAAUGGUUGAUUGUUCGUCGAAAUUUACAUCAGAUUCGAUUUAUGAGUUACAAUAAUAAUAAAGGAGAGGGUAAACUGCCAGACUUUUACUUAGAAUUACAAAUGAUACGUGAACUAAAACGAGCUUAA